CACCCGCUCCCGGCGCCGCGCCCAUGGGCGAUUCCUGUGAAACGUAUAUGGCUCUGUUCCCGUCGCUGCUCGGGAUCUGCCAGUCUAAGAUCUCAGUUGACGAUGAUGAAAAUGCCAACAAGGACCCUGUCUUCGAUCCUGAGCCGGUCAUUGCCCACUGCUUCAAGCAGUUCAAGCAGGAGAACUUCCACCUGCCUCAAAGCCGCCGGCGGAUCAUCAUCUUGCCUCAAAAAGAGGAUUCACUGCCCGUCCACCCCAUGCCCCCACCCGAGGCUCCCCCACAGCCCAUCUCCAGCUUCAAACCCCUGGAAGCCGAGGACCUCCGAGAGCAGCCGGAGGACACGAGGACCUGGCUGAGCCGGAGGCUGAAACUUCGGCAGGACCUGGAGUCAUUUGGCAACACAGAGAGGUGUCUACAGAACAAGCCCAGCCUCACGCCUUCAGAGGCCAAGGUCUUACAGAUGAUCCAAAAGGAGCACGAGGCCCAGUCAAUGGCCCACCUGACUACUACCAAAGCCACCAAGAAGAAAAGCCUCCGACCCCGCCGCCGACAGGUGCCCCAGCUCCAAUUGCCCAGGCCCUCCGCCCUGUUGGCUUUGUACUCCUACCUGCACAGCCGCAAGAUCAAGAUCCUGGAGAUGUUUAACAAGGUGGACCGGGGAGAGAACCCGAUGGUCUCCAGGGAGGAGUUCAUCGUGGCUCUGAAGGCGGUGGGAGUCCCUCUGACCCACCAGGAGGUAGAGGACAUUGUGGUCUAUCUCAGCUCUCUGGGGAAGCACAAUAGCGUCACCUUGGAUAUCCUGGCCAGCACCUACCGGCAGUGGUGUUCGACUGAGCAGAGAAGUGCCCUGCCCACUACAAGAGAGCAUUAUAGAUCUGCUAAGAACAGAGUUUCCCCACAGAGUCUGUCCAAGAAGCAGAAGGUGAGUUUAGUCCCAGAGCCUCCCAAGAUGGAUCUACUGACUGUGCCGGUAGUCGACACCCAGAAGGAGGCGCGGCCCAUGACCCUAGAGGAGAUGGAGGACGUUGGCAAGCGAUACCGUGAGCGGAAGCGGAAGAACAAGCUCAGGAUCCCCCCCAUCGAGUACGCGGAGCGGUGCCGCCUGGUGCGCAGUGGGAACAAGUACUUUGACAAGCACUGCCUCCCAUCCACCAUCCAGGGGGAGAUGAACGAGUUCAUCAACAUAUCCCGCAGGGACAGCUUUCUGGUCUACCUGCAGUGCUCGAAGCUCUGUGAGUACUACGGCCUCCCGCUGACGGAGGACAUCCUGGUGAAAGCCCUGCUGUACCCAGGAGACAAGAUCAUUUUCUGGAAGGAUCAGGUGCGCCCACUCCGGCAGCCAGGAGGCUACUACUCAGACUGGAAGAUCUUCAGUCCGAAUCUGGCCCUGCUCAGGUCCCAGGGCUCCAGGGCACCUGUGGUUAAGAAGACUGACAAGCUGAGUGUCAAACCCCCUUCUCCCAUGCUAUUUGCUCCUGCCCCACUGCUGUCCCUUCACAGGGGCUGGGAUGCUGACAUACUUGGGGUGUCAUGUUGUGCCAGUGUCUGUUUCCUAACCUGGCAUGUCCAACCCAACUGGUCAGCACGGACUGGCCAGUCCCCAGUAUCACCCCUGGCACAUGUCUCAGGGCGGUGGCCUCCUUGCCUCAGCGCCCCCACCGCUACCCUUGUAACCAAUUCCUACAUGAUCUCAAGCUCUCUGGAAAAUAUUAAAAAGAGGGCCUCCUUAGAGAAACAGAGGAGGCCCGUUCACAGAUCAUGGGCCAGGUGUCAGGGGCCCCGCAGAGGUCAGUGGUGGCAGCCCCUGCCUUCUCUGGCAAGAGGCAGUCUUGCAGCCCCUAGGAGGAGAAAAGAACUUUGCACUGGCCUGUCCCUGAUCCUCAGAUGAACCUGAGUCCUCUCUAAGAAUACGCCUUUCUUUGGAAGGAGAUGACCCAUGGGCAGGUUAUGAGCCAGCAUCCAUGGGUGACUGCAGGUUAGAGAAUAGGUGGCAUCCCUGUGGGGGGAUGGGGCCAGCGUGGGAGGAGGAGGGCACAGCUGA